UAUCAGCUGAGGAAAAAAGUUGAGAAUGAAGUUUGGGGGGCGAAAAGUUUGUCGGCGACGGUGGGGGGUUGAUGUGUGAAGUGGUUUGGCAGACACUGUUUUGAAGUUUUUUCCACCACAAAAAAGGAUUACGAUACGCAAAACUAGUAGCCUACCUAGUCUUAACCUUUCACUUGUUCACUGUUCUUCGACUUCGAGUUCAGUCAUCGGUUUGUCCUGUGGUUGGAGGACCACUUGUUAACGCGAAUUCUGGUGGGGUUUUCAUUUUAUGAAGUUAAAGCAUGUCGGUAUCCAGUGAAAGCUCGAUCAAAGCUAUAGAAUCAAAGCCAGAGCUUAAAGACGGUGGAAGUUCUCCAAUGUCUUCUUCCAGCAACGGAGCGAGUGUCAACAACAAUGCGCGAGCAGUCUGCCGGGUGUGUAAACGACUAUUUCGUGAACCAAAAAUCUUGCCAUGCUUGCACACGUUUUGCGCAGACUGCAUUCGUCAACUCGAGCCGUUUUCGGUGUCGGGAAUCAACGGGAAGGCGCUUUUAUCUGGACACGAGCAAAAUCCGAACGUUUCAUUCACCGUCUUGUGCCCCGAAUGCGACUCCGAGGUGGACCUUCCGACCUCCGGGGCGGAUGGGCUGACUACAGAUCACCUUGCCCUGGACGAGGUAUUUAUGGAGACGCUCCUAAACGAGGACUGUGUUGUUUGCGACCUCUGCAGCGAAGGGGACGCGGGGAAGAGGUGUGAAGUAUGCUGUGUCAACCUCUGCGAGUUCUGCAGUCAGGCCCAUAGGAGGCAGAAGAGGACGUCUUCCCACUCCAUCCAGAGCCUGGAGGACCUGAAGACCCAGGGCCGCCUGUCGCGCCCCGUGCUGUGCUCGCUGCACCCGGGCCAGGAGCUGCGGCUCUUCUGCGAGCCCUGCGACAGCCCCGUCUGCCUGGAGUGCGCAGCCACCUUCCACCGUGAGCACCGCUGCAGCCCUGCACGAGAGGUGGUCCACCGGCAUGGAGACCGCAUCCGGGAGCUGGUGGCGGGCAGCCUGCGUCCCCGGCUGGGCCACCUGGAGGAGUCAUUGCGCAGGGUGGAGAUGUCGCAGGAGGAGCUGGGGGCGCGCGUGGACACGCUGGCCGGGGAGGUGCGGGCGUUCGCCCGGGGCUACGCCAACGCGGUGGAGGCGCACUGCCGCGGCCUGCUGAGGAGGCUGGAGGAGCUGCGAUCGCAGAGGAGGAACCAGCUGCACCUGCAGGGGGCACAGCUAAAACAGGCGCUGUCAGACGCGCGGGGGGCUGCAGACUUCGCAGAGCGGCUGCUCACCUGUGGCUCGGACGCAGAGAUCUUGGCCGCCAAGGGGGUCACUCUACGGCGCCUGGCGCAGGUCAUCGAGACGGGCUACGACCCCAACCCGGCGUCCGUCGCCCCCGACGACGUCAGCACCAGCAUCUGCUUCCUGCCGUUCGAGGGGGCGGGGGAGGUGGAGGGGUACCCGGUGGUUGGCGCCAUCCACACCAAGACAGUGGACCCCAGCAAGUGCACCAUACAGGGAGAAGGCUUGCAGCUGGGCCGUGAGGGGCAGAGGGCGGAGUUCAUGCUGGUGUGCCGCGACACGUCGGGGGAGCAGAUGGGCAAAGGGGGCGACGCCGUGCUGGUCAGCAUCGUACACAAGGAAAGGAAGGACUGCAGUGUGGAGGCCUCCAUCACAGACAACAGCAACGGCUCCUACUCUGUCUCCUACACCCCCACGCUGCCGGGGCCCUACUCCGUAUGGGUGUGUGUGAAGGCUCAACACGUCAAGGGCUCUCCUUUCGUGCUCAGCGUGAAGAGAAAGUUCCGGCGCCAUCGGGGCGCGUUUCACUGCUGCUCCUUCUGCUCCAGCGGGGGCGCCAAAGAGGCCAGGUGUGCCUGCCCAGGCACCAUGCCAGGAGGAUUCCAGGGCUGUGGGCACGGGCAUAAGGGUCACCCAGGGAAGCCCCACUGGUCCUGUUGUGGCAGCCUGGUGGAGGCCUCCGAGUGCCAAGUGCGGCCCCCUGGCACUGCCGUCAUGCCCAGCUCCCAGCUCAGGACUGUGGAACUCUGAGCCAGCCGCUGGACACACAUGGAUACACACACCCAACACACUGUAACAGUACACACACACACACAUAUUCCCUUGUGGUAGCACAAAAAUGCACACACGCGAACAUUUCUAAAGCACAGAGCACAACACUUGCGCGUGCAUGCACACACACAUGCACGCACGCGCACACACACAUAGAACACACACUUUUAGUUUCACUUCGUGUGACUACCAUCAUCACCUCAACUGAGUUCAGGAAGAGUAUUUGAAAUGGCAGAUCACAGAUAAACACACACACACACACACACACACACACACACACACACACACACACACUACACCUACUCCCAUCACUCAUACACACACACACACACACUCUCACUCAGACAUCGCAUAUCACACACACACUCACAUAUCAUCACACCCAGCCUAGGAGUCUGAGUCGGCUAUGUCUUUCACUCCAUCUUCCUACCUCUCUCCUGGAGAAGUCAUAUCUGUCCUCACACGUUCAUAUCACACGUUUCAUAUCAUACAUUUCAGAU